GGUAAAGUGGAGCUACAGUCAUGGAUCUGACCUCCUUGAGCCCUCAUCACGAGCUACCGGCUGCAGCCGCAGGGAAAAGGGAUGAAGAAAGAGUAGGCUAAAACCAGAAAAAGAACAUGGAGGCAGAUAUAAUAGCAGAUCUUCGAUGCAAGCUCAAAGAGGUUGAAGAAGAACGACUAAAAGCUGCACAGUAUGGUUUACAACUAGUGGAAAGCCAAAGUGAAUUGCAGAAUCAACUGGACAAAUGUCUUAAUGAAAUUAUGACCAUGACUGAGCAUUAUGAACAAGAAAAAUAUACUCUUCAAAGAGAAGUUGAGCUCAAGAGUCGAAUGUUAGAAAGUUUGAGCUCUGAAUGUGAAGCUAUUAAACAACAACAAAAAAUGCACCUGGAGAAAUUAGAAGAACAACUGAGCAGAACCCAUGGGCAGGAAGUAAAUGAACUAAAAAAUAAGUUAGAAAAACUGAAAGCUGAAUUAGAUGAAGCUAGGCUUAGUGAAAAGCAGCUGAAGCACAAAGUAGAGCAUCAGAAGGAACUCCUGUCUUGUAAAUCAGAGGAAAUGCGGAUAAUGUCUGAACGUGUACAUGAAACCAUGUCUUCAGAAAUGCUGGCUCUUCAAAUCGAGCUGACUGAAAUGGAAAGUAUGAAGUCUACCCUCAAAGAAGAAGUGAAUGAACUACAGUACAGACAGGAACAACUAGAACUUCUUAGUACUAAUUUACUGCGCCAGGUAGACUGACUUAAAGAAGAAAAGGAGGAAUGAGAGAAGGAAGCAGUUUCUUACUAUAAUGCCUUAGAGAAAGCUCGUGUAGCAAAUCAGGAUCUUCAAGUGCAAUUGAACCAAGCUCUUCAGCAAGCCUUGGACCCCAACAGUAAAGGCAACUCUAUGUUUGCAGAGGUGGAAGACCGAAGGGCAGCAAUGGAACGUCAGCUUAUCAGUAUGAAAGUCAAGUAUCAGUCACUAAAGAAGCAAAAUGCAUUUAAUAGAGAACAGAUGCAAAGAAUGAAGUUGCAGAUUGCCACAUUGCUACAGAUGAAAGGGUCUCAGUCUGAAUUUGAACAGCAGGAAUGGUUGCUUGCCAUGUUGGAGCAGAAAAAUGGUGAAAUAAAACAUCUUUUAGGUGAAAUAAGAAGUCUGGAGAAAUUUAAGAGUUUAUAUGAAAGUAUGGAAUCUAAAUCUUCAUCCAACUCGGGCAUUCUGGAAGAUAACACCUAUUAUACAGAUUUACUUCAGAUAAAACUUGAAAACAAAGAAAAUGAAAGCACUAAAGGCGAACUCUCUAUACAGCGAAUGAAAGCAUUAUUUGAGAGCCAGCGGGCUCUGUAUAUUGAGCGAAAGCUUUUUGCAAAUGAAAGAUGCCUCCAGCUCUCCCAAAGUGAAAAUAUGAAACUGAGAGCUAAACUAGAUGAAUUAAAGCUGAAGUAUGAACCUGAAGAGAAAAUUGAAGUGCCUGUACUCAAAAAGAGGCGUGAGGUACUGCCUGUGGAUAUAACCACUUCUAAAGAUGUAUGUGACAACUGUGCUGUCAGGGAAGAAAUGUAUAGAUUGCCGACUCUGAAAGAGGAGGCACAAUCAUGUUCUAACAAUUUAGAAGAUAACAACCUGCAGUUAGAAAAGACAGUUUCUGUAAACACACCAGUAGUCAGUCUCUCACCUAACAAAAAUCUAUCAACGAAUAUGCAACCAACGAAGGAAAAGAAAUGUGUGAAACUCACAGGAGUUCCAGCUGACUCUGAAGUCUUAAGUGAAAGAAGUGGAAACACCCCUAACUCUUCCAGGUUAGCUGCUGAAUCAAGGCUUCAAACAGAAGUUCAAGAAGGGAAGGAAACUGCAAGCAAAUUGGAAAAGGAAACUUGUAAGAAAUCACACCCUAUUCUAUACGUAUCCUCCAAAUCGACUCCAGAGACACAGUGCCCUCAGCAGUAAAGACUUUUCUUUAAUAAAAGUAAGGUACUGCUUACCUAUAAGGUUGCUGGAUCCUCAUUAAAAUUGUCUUUAUCUGAA